ACCGAAAGCCUUGCCUUCGGUCCCUUUGGGUUAGGGUCAGGGGUGGCGCUGGUGUAGACAGGCCACCUGAAGCAUGAUUUCAGGUGCCCACUGUAAGAUGAAAAUGCCAGGUCCCUUUUUUAUAAGUUAGGAAGAUUUUCAAACCUUGACAGUAAAGCAUUAAAUCCAGCGUGGGGGCCUUGUGGGAUUGCAGAUGGCAGUUCCUGACCCUACAGCUGUGUUUCUAGGACUAUGGUCCCAGUAAGAUGCUGCGAUCCUUCGCCUCAAAGGACUCCCACAUGGUUUCCCACAUGGUCUCACUUCUUGCUUUUCAUUGUUAGUGUCAUUUUGCCUUCUCCUGGGCUUCUGGGUGGAUCUUCACGCCAUCAUAAGAUUGCUCACCACCUGCAACCCUGAAAACCCAUCUUAAGCACCCUGGUGGAUUUGAGCUGUAGGUGGCAGGUGUUCUUUUCCCUGGCGUCUUCCUCGGAGGCUGGCAGGAUGAUGAAGAAAUGAUACUGAUGAUAGGAAAGCAAUUCCCUUCAACCAACUCCUGUUUUCCUGAGAAAGCCCGUGGAAGAUACAGAAGGCCUCUUGAGUACUUGUUGCCUAGAGUGUGAGCCUUCAGAUGACCAUGAGUGGCCAGCCACUAACUGGAGAAUGAAUUCAUAAAAGCUCCAUGUUUCCUGCUAGUUAAUGAGCUGUAAUGAGUGCUGGGGAACUCCAUUGGGAGAACACAUUCCCACUUAACUGCAGGAAAGUUAAAGAACAUCCGAGAAACAAAAACCUCAGUUUUGCAAACGCACAAGGUGCUGAUCCAGACAGUAUGGUGCAGUGAUCCUAAGCAGGUGUUUUAGAGUCAAAGUGCUGGGUUCAAAUCCCAGCUCUGUCUUUCAUUUGUUAUUUGACUUUGGCCUAUUGUUCCUAGCAUAUCUCUGUGUUCUCUCAUAGAGAAGACUUUUUCUCAUCUUUGUUUCUCCUGAAACACCUGGAGUGAGGAAAACCUUUGCAGUGGCCAAGCAAGAGACCCAGAGCCUACAGACAUUCAAGGGGUGUGGUCUCUGGGAGGCCCCAAGCGAAGCAUUCUGAAGGAAACUUGAGUAAACACAGCGGAUUCCCACCCAUGCAUGGCCCCUGCUAACCUGUCUGCUAAGAAGAGUUGCUUUUUGUUCAAGUCAGUAAGUAUCUGUGAUUGAAGGGGAUCAACUAAGAGCAGCUCCUCACAACAUCAAGGAGGAGACUUUUCAUACUCUUAUCUUGGAAUCAGAAGUUGAAUUUGUGAACAUAAUAUGAUUUAGAAAUCAUGGGUUGUAGCAGUUCUUCAACAGGAAACAAAAAAUCUGAGAAAGUGUUAAAAGCCACCUUGGUCAUCCAGAACUGGUACCGAGGUUACAGAGCUCGGCUGAAGGCCAGACAACACUAUGCCCUUGCCAUCUUCCAGUCCAUCGAAUAUGCUGAUGAACAUGGUCAAAUGCAGUUAUCCAAUUUCUUUACCUUCAUGUUGGAAAACUGUUCACGAGCACGUAAGGAAGAUCCAGAACUUGUAAGUCGGCUUUUUGAAAGCACCUUCCAGGAUAUCAAGGAUAGACAGGAGUAUGUAGGGUUGAUAGAUGUACCAGACUCUUAUGAAGGCCCUCGCCUGGAAUUUCCUCUCACUUUUACUGACAUCAAUCACCUCCUUGAGGCCUUUAAGCAACAACAGAUACUUCAUGCUCAUUAUGUCUUAGAGGUGUUAUUUGAAACCAGGAAACUCCUGAAGCAUAUGCCGAAUUUCACUCAUGUAAAAACUUCUCCCUCCAAAGAGAUAACAGUCUGUGGUGAUUUACAUGGGAAACUGGAUGACCUUUUUUUGAUCUUCUAUAAGAAUGGUCUCCCAUCGGGGAACAACCCAUAUGUUUUUAAUGGUGAUUUUGUAGAUCGAGGCAGUAACUCCGUAGAGGUCCUCAUGAUCCUGCUUGUGAGUUUUCUUGUCUACCCCAAUGACCUGCACUUGAACAGAGGGAAUCAUGAGGAUUUUAUGAUGAAUAUGAGGUAUGGCUUCACAAGAGAAAUCUUGUUUAAAUACAAGCUGCAUGGAAAAAAAAUCUUGCAAAUCUUGGAAGAAGUCUAUACCUUGCUCCCAAUUGGUACAAUUAUUGACAAUGAAAUUCUGGUGAUACAUGGCGGGAUAUCAGAGUCCACAGAUUUGAAUUUACUCCACCGCCUAGAGAGAAGCAAAAUGAGAUCUGUGCUGAUGCCACCAGUGUCAAUAAAUAGAGGCCAUGCCACCGACUCUAAGAAAAGUAAAGGGGACAUUACUGUUACUUCAUCAGGAAAAGUCAAAUCAAAUGGUUUCCCUUCUCAACAGUUAUCAAAGCAUGAAUGGGAGCAGGUUGUUGACAUUCUGUGGAGUGACCCCAGAGGAAGAAAAGGCUGUUAUCCAAACACAAGUCGAGGAGGAGGCUGCUAUUUUGGACCAGACGUUACCUCUAAGAUUCUCAAUAAAUACCAGUUGAAGAUGCUCAUUAGGUCUCAUGAAUGUAAGCAUGAUGGGUAUGAAAUCUGCCAUGAUGGGAAGGUUAUUACCAUAUUUUCUGCUUCUAAUUAUUACGAAGAAGGCAGCAAUCGUGGAGCUUACAUCAGACUGAGUUAUGGUAUGAACCCACGAUUUUUCCAGUACCGAGUAACUAGUUCAACAUGCAUGAGCCCUCUUCACCAAAGGGUACAUGCUAUGGAAACUAGUGCCAUCAGGAUAUUAAAAGAGAGAAUAAUUUCACGAAAAACUGACCUCAUGCAUGCUUUCCAACUUCGAGACCACAGUCGAUCAGGAAAAAUUUCAAUAGCCCAAUGGGCUUUUUCUAUGGAGAGCAUUUUGGGGCUGAACUUACCAUGGAGAUCUCUGAGUUUGCGUCUGGUAAACAUAGACACAAAUGGAAAUGUUGACUACAUGUCCAGCUUCCAGGAUGUCCACAUUGAAAAACCUGUGAAAGAGGUCCAAUCUACUCUAAUUGAAACUCUGUACAGAUACCGAUCUGAUCUGCAAAUCAUAUUUAAUGUCAUUGACUCUGAUCACUCAGGCCUGAUCUCCAUGGAAGAAUUUCGGGCCAUGUGGAAACUUUUCAGGACUCACUACAGCGUUGAUAUUGAUGAUUCCCAAGUUGAUGAACUUGCCAAUAUAAUGGACUUAAACAAAGAUGGAAGCAUUGACUUUAAUGAGUUUUUAAAGGCUUUCCAUGUAGUGCAUAAAUAUGAGAAGUUGAACACAUCAAAUGCCAAGUUUGCUAACUAUAAAUGAAAGCUUCCCUCAGGCUCCUUGUAAACAGCUGAACUCAAAUCACAAUCUUUUCCAGGACCACCGAAAUUCAUAGUCACUAAUCGAGAAUAAUAGAUCCCAAUUCCCAUCAUAAACAGACACAGUAUGGGUGUCGGAAGCCCUUAGCAAACUAUAGUUGGUAGACUAGGUUAAAUGUCAGCUGAUAAGAUUUGCCUCUAAUGUUGGAACUCACCCAUUGCCAUUGAGAAGCUGGGUUUGAGCCUAGUGUUGGUCUCUUGGAUGCCACCUAAUUGGGAGACCAGAGCAGUUUGAAAACAUCCUGAAAGGAACCCACAGAGCACCAGAGAGAACUAUUAAGUUCAACAACUGUGACUGAGGGAUGGGAGGAGGAAUACCAAGCUACUAAUGGAAUAAACUAUUUCCAUCCUUAAAUUGUAAUCUUUUUUGGAGAUUCCAUAAACCAGUGAUCCUUAAUUGUGGGGGAACCACUCUUCAGGGAGGGGGACCACAUUAUAUUGUUGGGGAAGACUGUGGGAGAAAAACUUUUUUCAUGUCUUAUGGUAGUACUAAGUGAAUACAUUUACAUUGAUCCCUAUAA